CAUUGCGGUUGAUUUCUGAUGAGAUAUCUUCUCAAAUCACGUGCGGCUAUCUCCCCGACAUGUGGGCCGCAUCUCUAUCCGCUUGAAGCUAUAGAUGGGCAUGGAAAGAACUCCGUUCAGCACAAAAUAAACAACUCCAUCUAAUAAAAAGAAACAUCUCGAAAGUUGUUUGAAAUAAAUCCGAUUCUGCACCUCCAUCAUGCCCUUCAUCACCUUAAACCAAAAAUCAAUCUUCUACACCCUCAUCCCGCAAACUGAAAAUCUCCAGAACCCGGUAACUACACUCUUCAUCCACGGGCUGGGUUCCUCGUCUACUUUCUACCAUACUGUUAUUCCCUCCCUCUCUAGUGUCUCAACAUGUAUUGCUCUCGACACGCCCGGAUCCGGAUUAUCUUCUCUCGGCGAUUCGAAUUCCCCACAAACUGUAGCGUCGAUUGUCGAUGAUGCAAUUGCACUUCUCGAUGCACUUUCCGAAACAGCAGUUGAGGGAAAAGUCUGGGUGGUGGGCCACUCGAUGGGUGGGAUUAUUGCGUGUGAGCUUGCUAUUCGAUAUGCACAAAGAGUUGAGGGGUUGGUUUUGAUAGGACCGGUGGUGCCAAGUCCAGUUUUAACAGAGGUUUUUGAGAAGAGGAUUGAAACGAUUAGGAAAGAUGGGCUUGAACCGCUCGCCAAUUCGAUACCAGAGGCUGCUACAGGCGCUCAAGCUUCGUCUACCCAGAAAGCUUUUAUCAGGAGUUUGAUCCUCGGGACUAGUACCCAGGGCUACAUAUCAUCAUGUGAAGUUAUUGCUUCGGCUAGUAGACCGGAUUAUGCUAAAAUUGACGUACCGAUGAUGAUCCUAGCUGGUAGUGAAGAUAAGACGGCUUCGUAUGAGGGGUGUAAAAUGAUUCAUGAUGAAGCGGGUGUGACUGCACAGAAGAAAUGUGUUAGGGUUCUUCCAGGGAUGGGACAUUGGCAUGCUAUUGAGGCGCCGGAAUCUGUGGCAAAGGAGUUCAAGCAAUUUGUUGAUAGUUUCAAUAAUUAAGUGAAAUUAGAUAAGACAGGGAAA